GUGACGGGAAGCGCAGCAUUUUCAGCUGAAAACGAGCUCGGAUAGUCGGGAAUCGCACAUCCAGGAGUUGAUCCCGGCAUGGGGGACAUGAAAACCCCAGAUUUCGAUGACCUGUUGGCAGCAUUCGAUAUUCCUGACAUAGAUGCCAAAGAGGCCAUCCAGUCGGCGCCAGAUGAGGCGGAGGGGCCUCACGGGGCGGCGGGUGCCCCCCUGGGGAAGCCGGACAGUGCGGUGGGCGUCGGGUCAUCUUUGAGACCGCCGAGCCCUUCAGACCCCCAGGGGGACACCUCCAUCGUGAGUGUGAUCGUGAAGAAUAAGGUUCGCCUUGAGGCCAUGGACGGCGCGGAGGGAGCCGCAGACCAGGUCCCCAUCGACGUGAUGGCGGGCGUCGACGUGGGCCCCAGACUCGGCGCCUGCGCUCCCGGCAUGGCCGAGGCGGAGGCUCUCAACCACAACGGCUUCGGAGCGUCCGGCGUCUCCACGCCUCUCCCGCUCGGCCAGGCCCAGUCCAACGGGGCGCCGUGGUCGCUCAACACCCCCAAAGUGUCUUCAGAAGCCGCGGGCGCCAGCUCGGCCAAGUCCCACAAGCAGGGCGGCAACAUUUUCAACAGACUGAAGCCGCUGGUGGCGCAGGGCUCCGGGGACCCGGUGGGCCGGGCCAGGAAGAUGCAGCUGCUGCAGCAGCAGCACCAGCAGCAGCAGGACACGGGCCAGGAGAGGGCCGACGGGGUCAAAGCGUCGCUGCCUUCGUCCUCCUCUCUGUCGGCGGGGGCGUCUCCUCUGACCGCCGCGGGCCCCGUCGGGCUGGCCUCGCCUUUCUUCCCCCCUUCCAAGCCGCUGCUGUCUGCUCCACCAUCGGCGCCAUCGUCACACCCACUGCACUCGUCUCAGCCUUUUAACGGAGCUCCCAAAAGCGGGCCUGCUGGGUUUCCGCCCCAGCAGAUGGAGGAGGACGACUCGGACCCUGACCUGGGGAGUCCCCUGGUGAUCCAGGAGACCCCGGACUCCCCCACGUGCACUCAGCUGAGCCGGCGAUACAAGUCCGACUCCGUCUCCGCGCAGCCCUCGUCCUCCUCCGCACCGCAGCCUAAACCCGGGGACACCCCGUCGGGGGCGGCUCUGACCUCGGCGACCCCCCAGUCCGGCUCAACGGAGAGCCCCCAGGUGGAGGACCGGCAUCCGGAGCACGUCAUCGAGGAGAGAGACUCGCCAGAGAGCCCCGAGCCGGAAAUGCCAAAAUCAACCGCACAGGUCGCAGCUAAGAGGUGCUCCAGCCCCGCCGUGGCGUCCACGCCGCCCCCCGCCGAGCUGCGGGAGCCCAAAGAGGAGGAGGAGGAGAUGGAGGUGGGGAAUGGGAUCGACAGGAUUGUGGAUAACAAGGCGGACAAAGCAGAAACUGUGAGAACCGGCGAGGAGAGCAUGGAGGUGGGUGACGGCAAACCCAGACCGCCAUCGUCCUCCGAUGUGGGAGAAGCCGGCGUGGCUGCGCCCGCCGCCUCGGGAGCUCCGUCCCGACCGCUCAAAGUCAGGAUCAAAACAAUCAAAACGUCGACAGGCGGAAUCACCAGGACUGUCACCAGAGUAGCGCCGAAGGGCGCGGCGGCGGGGAAAGGCCUGGACAAGGGUGAAGCCGGCGAGCGGAAAGUCCUGGGGGGGAAAGGCCAGAAGCUGGAGGCUUCCUCCGCCCACGUGACGUCUGCGUCCCAGAAAGUGAGCGCUCUCAACGCCCUGCCCGUGUCCACGCUGGCAGCCAGCAGCGUCAUGCUCGCCGCCGCCACCAAGGUGCAAAAUAAGAUGGCCGCGUCAGACAAGGCCAAGGUUUCGGCCACCGCCGUCAGCAUCACGAAGUCCGCCGCUCUGCCCGUGACCCCCGCCGUCACCUCCUCCCCAAAGUUCUCCGUCGCCGCCGGCGGGAUCAGCGUGCGCUCGGCCACCAACAAAACCGCCAACGGGGGCGGCGCCGCCGCCGCCAUCAUCAGCAGCGCGCUGCAGCCCAACAAGCCCGCCUCCAUCGUCAACAGCACCGGCGCCGUCAUCUCCCGCAGCCAGUCCAGCCUGGUGGAGGCCUUCAACAAGAUCCUCAACAGCAAGAACCUCCUGCCCAGCUACAAACCCGACCUCUCCGCCCCGCCGCCGCCCGAGUGGGGCCUCCCGCUGCCCGCCACCGGCUACCGCUGCCUGGAGUGCGGCGACGCCUUCGCCCUGGAGCGCUCGCUGGCGCGGCACUACGACCGGCGGUCGCUGCGCAUCGAGGUGACCUGCAACCACUGUGCGAAGAGGCUGGCCUUCUUCAACAAGUGCAGCCUGCUGCUGCACGCCCGCGAGCACAAGGAGCGCGGCCUGGUCAUGCAGUGCUCCCACCUGGUCAUGAGGCCGGUCACCGUGGAGCAGAUGAUCGGCCAGCAGGACAUCACGCCCAUCGGUGGCCUGAUCUGCUCUUCGUCCUCCUCUCCUCCAGUCUCCUCUCCCUCAGCCACGCCCGGCGCCCCGUCCGUCUCCGCCGGCUCCAGCCCGCUGAAGGACUCGUCCUCGCCGGCAGCGGCGGCGGCGCAGCCGCGGCCGGUGCGGCGCGCCCUUCAGGGCCCCCAGGCGCUGAUGCCGCUGCCCUGCAAGAAGGCCGAGGGGCUGCAGUACAACAACUUCAAGUGUCCGGAGUGCCAGACGCAGUUCUCCGGCAAAGCCGAGCUGGUCACACACUUCCAGCAGAUCAGAGCUGCUCCCAACUCAGUGAGUUUUGGAGACGAGCGGACAACGUGCAUGCAGUGCUCGCCUCCCAUGAUGCUCCCCAACUCGUGCGCCGUGUCCGCCCACCAGAGGAUCCACAAGCACAGAGCGCCUCACGUCUGUCCCGAGUGCGGCGGGACGGCGCGGCAGGCCAGCUUCCAGACGCACCUGGAGGAGGCCUGUCUGCACUUCGCCCGGCGCAUCGGCUACAGGUGUUCCAGCUGCCAGGUGGUGUUCGGAGGCCUGAACUCCAUCAAGUCCCACAUUCAGACUGCUCACUGCGAGGUCUUCCAUAAGUGCCCCAGCUGCCCCAUGGCCUUCAAGUCUUCCCCCAGCGCCCAGAGCCACAUCAGCACCCAGCACCCCACGCUGACCGGAGGACAGGCCAAGAUGAUCUACAAAUGUGUGAUGUGCGACACGGUUUUCACCCAGAAACCUUUGCUGUACAUGCACUUCGACACUCAUUUAGCCAAACAGAAAGUGCACGUGUUCAAGUGCCCUGACUGCACCAAGCUCUACGCCCAGAAAGGCUCCAUGAUGGAGCACAUCAAGACGGCCCACCGAGGCCCUUCAGCCAAGCAGGAGUCGCAGUCCGACGCCUCCAAUCCCGCCUCGGCCCCCGCCGGCCUGUCCGGACCCCCCGGCCAGAAGUCCAAGUCCUCCGGGAAGCCCGACAACUCGGACGGCGAGGACUGGGGGCGGGAGCAGGAGGAGGAGGAGGAAGAGGAGGAGGAGGAGGACGACGACGACGACGCGGACGCGGACUACGAGGCCCCGGGGGGCCACUCCAGCUCGGCCGCCCCCAGCGCCCCCACCGAGUGGACCUGCCCGCAGUGCCAGAGCACCUUCACCGACAACGACGACUACCUGAGCCACGUGAAGAUGGAGCACGGCAAGUUCCCCUGCCGUAUCUGUGGAGGCACGUUCAGCACAUCCUCCAGCCUCCGGCGCCACGAGCGCGUCAUCCACGAGGGCAACAAGCGAGUCUUCCAUUGCCAAUAUUGCACAGAAGGAAAACGCACCUUUGGCAGCCGCUUCUUACUGGACAAACACAUCCGGCUCCAUCACAGGUCCACAGACGGACAGGGCCCCCCCAUGACCAGGAAGCGAGCGGCCACGGGCGGCGAGGGGCCGGGGAGCUCCUCGGAGCAGGACGGGGAGGCGGGCCCCCCGGCGGGGCGGGCGGGGGACGAGGAGGAGAACUCCACGGAGGACGGCGCCGGCGCCGGCGCCGGCCCCAGCCCCGCCAAGAGGACCCGGGGGUCGGCGGCCCCCGCGCCGCCGGGCGCCGAGCCGGAGGAGGAAGACAGCGUGUUCCGCUGCGUGCCGUGCGGCUUCACCACCGAGGACGGCGCCGAGUUCCAGCGCCACAUCCCCCAGCACCGGGGCGACACCGCCUCCUUCCAGUGCCUGCAGUGCGGCGUCUGCUUCGCCUCGGCCGGCUCGCUGGGCCGGCACCGCUUCAUCACCCACCGGGUGCGGGACCCGCAGGGCGACGGCGAGCGCGGCGCCCCGCGCGCCCACGGCUCCCCGGACGGCUCCCCCGCCGGCUCCCCGCCGCCGGCGCCGGGCGAGGACGCCGACGGCAACCUGAGCUGCAAGGUGUGCGGCCGGCGCUUCGACAAGGCGUCGGACCUCAACACCCACUUCAGGACCCACGGCAUGGCCUUCCUCACCGCGCACAAGACGGACAAGCCCCAGUAGAGGGGGGGGCGGCGGCGCGAGGCCGAACGGACCGUGGAGGAGGAGGAGAGAGAGAGAGAGGCUGUAGAAUAUGAAUGUUGAUGAAACAGAGCUGCUCCUGUGCAGCCUACCCCCCCCCCCCCCCGCCCCCCCCGGCUGCCACAGACAGCUCCCCUCUUCUGUGCGAUUGUAUCUGCAUGUUCGAUUAGACUCCCGCGUGGAAAAAGCAUUUCAAUAUCCGCCAUACUGUGUCCCAAACACGGCGUCCUUUUUUCCCCAUUUCCACCCCCCUCACUCUGCACUGACUGUAGCCACCUGCCUGUUUCUCUGUGUAACACACACACACACACACACACACCUCCCACUGUACCCCCGACAGCUGUGUUUUCUACGUCGCGUCUUUAUCAGUCCACGCUUGUUUUUAAGUUUUCAGGCUUCAGGUCACUUUAUACAAACGGAAAAAAAGAAAAAAGAAAAAAAAAAAAAAGACGUCCAAUGGAAACGUGCAGAAGCAUGAAGGAAGAGAAACCUGCGGCCCGGAGACUCCCACACUGACUUUUACGUUGCUAAUCUAUUUAUUUAUACAGAAACACACGACUGCUGUUGGUCUCUGUGCGAGUCGGUCGCGUGGAAUCUCUCUAGACUUUAGUGCAAUUCAGAGACGCGCGGCGAAGGCCUCGGAAGGCGCCGUGAAUCAGUUGUGAUGUUGUUAAUCGUUCAGCUAGAAGAAGAAGAGAGAUCGAGGCUUCCCGCCCGUAGUUUUACGUGUUUGACCUUUUGCCCUGUAAAUACAUGUAAUGACACUAAACGAAAGCGUUCUGGUUUUAGUAACUUGCUAUGAUAAUGUGAAUAACGUAUAGUAUUUGUACUUGUACUGUCCCCUUUUUUUCCAAAAACGAUUUGAAGUUUAAAAAGAAUAUUAAUAAUUAAAAAAAAAAAAAAGAGUCCCCCCCCCCCCACCACCACACGGAGUCAGCUCCACGUUGUAAUUACAGAGCGGAGGGAGAGGCGGAGGGGGUCGUGUCGUCUUAAUGUGUAUGAAAACAAACGUUUAUCUCUUUGAGACGGUUCUUUUUUUAUGGACAGACUCAGUGCUUGCUGUACUCACAUUUCUCUCGUAUGUUUAAAAAAAAAAACGAAAAACAAAAAACGGCCUCGGCGGUCACGCGACGGAGGCCUCUGAGUGGACGUUAUCUUUUAUUUUUAUUUUUUGGGUUUGUAUCUUUUAUAUGUCAUAUCAUAUUUAUAUAGCUCAGUAGUGGAAACUUCAUGUCAUUUUCUUUUCCAUGGUUGUGGUCUGCUUGCUGAAAUGCCAUACACUUUUUGUGCUGUUUGGAAAUAAAUGUUGAAAAACAGA